UGCGGGUCGUGCACGCACGCCCCUGGCGACAGCAGCUGGGACUGUGCGGUGCGCGCAUGCGCGCGUGGUUGGGUGUGUGUGUGGUGUUGGGACGGACCGGAGAUGUCCCCAAGGAUGGAUGCCAGGGCACAGGCGUAGUUACGUGGGAAAUCCUUAGCAGAGGUGCUCUCGGCCCGGAAAAACAACACGGUGGGGGCCUCUGAGAGAGAGGGACUGAGCCACUGUUUCUGUACUCUUGAGCAAGUGUUUGUGUCGGAAGCAACAGCCAGCAUUCUGGAAGGUGGUUCUACGACCCCGGGCAGAGACUGGUCUUGCAAACCUGGGGGUGUCCUGCUUGCUGGAGAUAUGUUGUCUUCUGUUCCCAGGUCAGGCAUGGCGACCAACCAAAGAAACGGUCACAUCCUAGUUUAGCCUGCUGGCAGCUGGCUACACCUGGAGGAGACAUGGAGCAGCAAGAUGAUGAAUCCCUGGAGUCCCCGCAGGCCUGUGUGGAGCUGUGAUGCACACCGAAACCUGUGACUGCAUCUUUCAACAUUAAGACGAAAAGAAUCCGAGCCAGCCUGGCUCCUGGGGACUCAUUUGUUUUCCUUAAUCAUUAACCUGAACUGCGAUUCAUGCAGCUCCUUAGAACUUUGUUCUACCCCAAGAGAUGAUCGUCGAAGUGGAGGGAGAAGACGCUGGGUCCCUGGACACCAUGCCCCAGCUGUGGAGAUCAAAAGCGCAUGUUGGACCCUCUGGAACGAGAGUUACAGGAAAGCACAGACUUCAAGAUUGUGACAGUGGACCUCACUGAGGAGGAACAGAGCACCUGGCACAAUGCCCAGAGAACCCCCGAGAGAAGUGUGGUCCUGGAGGGCCACAGAGACCUGUGGGACUUGCCAGCUGUGCAUGGGAUAGAAGAAACCACCCCAAAACAUACUGUCUUUGAUGAAGAAACAUCCCAUGGAGUGAAGAUAGAGGGAUUGGCAAGAGAGGAUCCUUGGCUCCCCUCCUGUGAAGAAGCGUCUAAGGAGCAGUUGGAGAAACAACAGGAAAAGCAAGAGGAAGAGGCCUUUCCCCAGGCGAGAGCUGGUACUCCUGAGACGAUCUACAGGAGUGAUGAACUUGACAGGAAUUGCCUGAGUUCCAGCCGACAUUCCUUCCCCAUGAUACCUCUCAGACACCAUUUUCAUAAACAGGCAUCCCAUGUUAAAAAGGUACAUGGCGACACUGUUGCAAACAGUCAUCAGAAGAGUAGUGAUAACGCCGAUCUUUCCAAAGAUGAAAAAUGCAGAAACGUCCCUCAGAACAUUCAUCUCUCUCAGUUUGCAAGAACCCCUAAAGGUGAUAAAUCGUAUGAAUUUAAUGGCCAUGUUCCAUCUUUUGGCCGUGGUACACCCCUAAAUCUCCAUGAAAAAGUUCAUAUAGAAGGUAAAAGCUUUGGCUUUAAAGGGCAUGGACACGUUUUGAACCAUGACAUAUCCCUCAAUGAACAACAGAGGAUUCUUGUUAAAGAGGGCCAGUACAAAUGUAGUAAAACUGCCUCAAGUCCAUCUCCUCCUCAGAACAUGAGAAACUAUUCUGAAGAGAAACGUUUUGAAUGUAAGUAUUGUGGCAAGUCCUUCAGUUGGAGUUCACAUCUCAUUGCACACCAAAGAACUCAUACAGGGGAGAAGCCAUACAAAUGCAACCUGUGUGGGAAGUUCUUCACCCGGAGCUCACAUGUCGUUUCUCAUCAGAGAAUUCACACUGGAGAGAAACCAUACAGAUGCAAUCUGUGUGGGAAGUCUUUCACCCAGAGGUAUGUUCUUGUGGUACAUCAAAGAACUCAUACCGGUGAGCGGCCUUAUGAAUGCAGCGAGUGUGGGAAGUCAUUCCGCCAGAGCUACAAACUUAUUGCGCAUCAGAGAACUCACACCGGAGAGAAGCCGUAUGAAUGCACUCAGUGUGGGAAGUCCUUCAUCCAGAGUUAUAAACUUAUUGCUCAUCAGAAGAUUCAUUCUGGAGAAAAACCCUAUGAAUGCAAUCACUGUGGGAAGUCCUUUAGUCAAAGCUAUAAGCUUGUAGCACACCAAAGGACUCACACGGGAGAAAAACCUUUUGAGUGUAAUUACUGUGGGAAAUCAUUCAGCUGGAGUUCUCAGCUAGUGUCGCACCAGAGAACACACACAGGAGAGAAACCUUAUGAGUGCAGUGAGUGUGGAAAAUCUUUCAAUCGCAGCUCACAUCUGGUUAUGCAUCAGAGAACUCACACUGGAGAGAAGCCGUAUCAGUGCAAGCAGUGUGGGAAAUCCUUCAGUCAGAGCUAUGUUCUUGUUGUUCACCAGAGGACACACACUGGAGAAAAGCCCUACGAGUGCAGCCAGUGUGGCAAGACCUUCAGGCAGAGCUCCUGCUUCACUCAGCAUCAGAGGACCCACACUGGAGAGAAGCCCUAUGAGUGUAACCAGUGUGGGAAAACCUUCAGCCUGAGUGCUCGACUUAUCGUCCACCAGCGAACUCAUACUGGGGAGAAACCUUACAAGUGCAACCAGUGUGGGAAAGCAUUUAUUAGCAGUUCUAAGCGCAGUAGGCACCAGGCUACUCACAGUGAUGAGUCUUGUAAGUCCUGAUUAGUUCAGAGUCUGAGCGUGAGUUCACACUUGUCAGCCUAGCCCUCUCUGUUAUACCUGGGGAAAGAAUACACACAGACCCCUUCAUUACUCCAGGGUGGCUGGUAGAGAAGUGUAGGGUCUUUAGUUUGACAGGUAAGGAUAAGAGGCCCCUGUGAAUGAAAGCUGUGAUCUUGGCAGAGGUGCUUUGCAUGGCUCAGUGUAGACAUCAUCCUUACACUGGUUUCAGAAGGCUGUCUCCUGCCUGGCAGAGGUAGUUUCCCAGGCCCAGAAAAGCAGAAUUUAGGUCAGAUACGGUAAGCUUAGUUCAGACAUCCCCUUGUUUGAUUGUUCGGGGCUGGACCUUGAAGUAUGGCUUCCCUAUAGUAAAGCUGGCAGUCUUUAACUUUAGCUCAGAAGCUGUUCUAAAAUGCCCCGAGUUUAGAAGGUGGCCACUGGCCACCAGGAAGCACUCCCGGCUUCUAGUGUCUUCCCCUUCAUGCUACCGGCUCUCUAAGCCAUUUCCUCCUUCCUCAUCUCCCACCCAGAAUCCCUGGUCCUGUCCACUGCAGGGAGAUGAGUUUUUCCACCCCUCAUUUGUAUAGGCUUGACCAGUCAGGCUUCAGUCGUAGCCCCAGGUAAACUCACUCUGGUGUACCUCCCUGUGAUGUUUCAAGAGCUGCUUUUCUAUCUCAGUGAAGCUUUGUGUGCUGUUCUGCCACCCUCACUAGUCAUUCCUUUCAAGCCAGAGACAACAUGGGAGCCACUGCCUCAGCGUGACAGGUGGCCAUUGAGUUUCCAGGGCCCUAGUCAUUUGAGCUAAGCUCACCUGAGCCACGAAAUAGGCUCCUUUGCCCUGAAUGCUCUCUACAUUGCAAUGUCUGCUGACCAUUAGCUGCAUAUUUUAGGUAAUUCACAAGCAGAGUUAGACUUGGACCAGCAUGGAGGUAGACACCCAAAACCCAUUACUAGUGAGCUGAAUUAAGACGAUUGUGAGUUCAAGACCAGCCCAUGCUACAAAGCAAGACUGUCUCAAAGGAAAAUAAAAACAAAAACAAAAAAAAACUUGCCCCGUGUAUGUGUGCUCCUGCAAACACAAUAUUGCUGCUUUUCCAUGAAGAAAGCACUGAAAUCUGAAUUUCAGAUAAACUAAAACUGGAGACUAAAUGAAAGGCUGACCCUGUGACUCAUAGGGUUACCGUUUUUUUUAACUUAAUAUUGGAAAACAAUAUUUGACCAUGUCAAUCUGCACAAAGUUUCCUGAUGGUUUGUAAACUAUUUUGUAUCCUUCUGUUACAAGUGAAGAUUUUUAAAAUGGCUGAUAUGAAAUUAAAUAUUGGCAAGUAUAUAAGAAUCUCUGGAACCACCUUGAUAAAAUGUUUGUGUAUAGCUUGAAGUUGAAGAAGGAUCAUGGAUCUAUUUAUUUGAUAUUGUUGUUUGUGUUGUCAUCUUUUGGAGAUGCAUGUUGUAGUGUAACAAAUGGUAAAAAGAAUAAAAAUGGAACAGAAGCAAAAAAGAAA